AAUUUGAAAUCUUUUCAAUCAAGCAACCCAGCAUAGCAAUUGUUGCUUGGACAAUCGCAUAGAUUUUUCCUAUGCGAAAAGCUUGAUUUGAAAAUGGAAAAUAUUCAUAGCAAGGAACUCAGUAACUAUACGAAAACGGAGCCACAUUGCACAUCGUAUGAGGGCGAUUUUCACAAAGAGAAACGACACGGUACAGGCCGAUCCGUGUACAGAGACGGAUCCGUUUAUGACGGUGAAUGGAAAUCGGAUUCGAAAAACGGUUUCGGCCUAAUGUCCUACCCAGACGGUUCGACCUACGAAGGCGAAUGGAAGAACAAUUCGAAACAUGGGUAUGGAGUGUACAUCUAUCCGAAUGGUGAUAAAUACGAGGGUCAGUGGUAUGCUGACUUACGGCAUGGUAUCGGUACGUAUGCGCACAUCGAAGACGAUUGUUCAUUUCAUGGGACAUGGUGCCAUGGUCAGCGCAUUGGUCCGGCUGAAAUUCGUAGUAAGAACUAUCGGUUCCAUACCAAUUGGACGAUUGAUAAACCGGUUGGUGAGAGCGCGUUUACAUUUAAUUGUGACACGAUGAUCACUGGAUUUAUGGAUGUAGUGGAUGGUAAUGGUGUAGAGGACAAUGGCGAUUUUCAAUGGCAUGCACAAGAAAUAACGAAAUAUGAUCCAACCAAAUUGCCGGCCGCACCGAGUAUACAUCAAUUUGUUGAUCACUUGGACGAUGAACUACUGCAUGAGGUUAAAAACGCUUCAGACGAGGCAUCUGGGAUAUAUGUGAAGUUAGAACAUGAAGAAUCUGGUACAUCUCUAAAGUUACAAUGCGAAGCUGACUGUGGAUGUGCUACCGAGUCGUGCACAUUGAGACAGGAUACGAUAUGUGAGACCUGA